UGCGAAAUUGAAUUUCUGUUGUUGCAUACUGAGAGCCGGCUGCUGAACUUCUUGGCACAGACAUGGGCUUGGAAGAAUUCACAUGGCACUGUGCGUCCCAGACUUCCAUUGCCAUAAAUCUAGGUGCCUGGGAGCGUCCGAAGGAGCGUGAGAGGGGAACCCUUGAUAUGGUUUUGGAUUGAGCAAGAGGGCUGAUAAUACGUCCUUGAGGACAUGUAUGUGGGUGAACGACAGUUUGGUUUGGGGUGUACAAAGGAGAGGAAUUUGUUUGGUUGAGUUUGAAAGUAGAUCCUGUUCUUAAAAGAAAUGCUACUCUCGAAGCGUCCUAGGAGAUGCAACAAAUCUACUUUCAGGAUGGGUUUUCGAGAGGGUGUAACCUUCAUGAAUUCAUUGAUGCUUUUAAGCAUGUGCAUCAUGAUGCUGGCGGCAAUGGUUGUGGCCGGACCUCAUGCCAAGUCACCAGCAGUUUACGUGGUGCGUGUGAAGGGCUCUCCCUUGUCUACUUUCAGAGGUUCUCCGGAUUUGCAAUUCACCUCCACUGCGCACCCUGUACAGGGUACCAACAGACCCGACUUCUCAAGUGAAGCAGCUCACGCCUAUGCAAACCAUUUGAGCGGUCGCCACGAUAUGGUGCUGGAGGAAUCAUUGAAAAGUGGGAGUUUCCAGAAGAUUUACAGCUACACAACGGUCCUCAACGCCUUCACUGUGAAGCUUACAGACCAUGAGCAGGCCAAAUUACUCGAAUCUCAUCCUCAUGUGGUGUCUGUGGAGCGAGAUCAACUACUACAGAAAUCAACUACACAUACACCUCAAUUUCUGAACCUCCCCAAGGGUGCUUGGCCUGUGUUGAAUGGACCCGAGAACGCAGGGGAAGGUAUGGUGAUUGGCAUGCUUGACACGGGGAUUGAUCCUGCACAUGUGAGCUUUAGAGACAAAAAGCUUUGGUCAAAGCCAUAUGGUCACUUAAACAAGUGGAAAGGAGGUUGUGAAGUUGUCGAAGAAAACUUUCCAGCCGGUUCGUGCAAUGGAAAAGUCAUCGGAGCUAAGUACUUCGCCAGGGGAAUCAUGGCUGCGGAUAUGUUUAAUGAAACCUAUGACUUCGCGUCACCCUUCGAUGGAGACGGGCACGGCACACAUACAAGCUCAAUAGCGGCUGGUAGCAGCGGAGUUCCUGUUGUGGUGAAAGGUUAUAACUACGGUACAGCCAGUGGAAUUGCUCCACGUGCUAGGAUUGCGGUAUACAAAGUAAUAUACCGAGAUGGCGGAUUUCUGUCUGAUGUGCUGGCUGGCUUGGAUCAGGCUACUCAUGAUGGUGUAGAUGUUGUGAGUAUAUCACUGGGCUCCACCAAUAGCGCCUCGGGUGUACCCUGUCUGAAUAGCUUCGAUGUGGCUCUUCUCUUUGCUGUCUCAACAGGCAUCGUUGUAGUCCAUGCAGCAGGAAAUUCAGGACCAUAUCCGUCCACCAUGAAUUCUUAUGGUCCAUGGAUUAUCUCUGUGGGAGCCAGCAUCAGUGACAGGACUUACGAGAAUCACGUCAUUACAAGGAAUAAUCAUGAUUAUAUCGGGACGGGAUCUCCGUCACCAGAGCUUGAUUACAUUCGUGUUUCGAUUUUGGAACACUACAAUGGGGUUAUGUGUGGAGUAAAACUAAAUGCUGUUGCUCAUUCCACCUCUCUCCCUGCAGCUGGAACUCGACCGCCUAUCUGGUACCACCUUAUUUAUGCCGAAGAUGCAUUAAAUAACGACACCGAAGACUUGGAUGCUGAGUUUUACUCGUACUGCCAGAAUCUAGCACCGUUCAACGCCACCCUUGUCCGAAACAAAGUUUUGAUGUGCAACUUCGUGGAGUACUCUGGAAACAGCGCAGCAGCCGAGUUUGAGAAUGCAGUCAAAGUAGCAACGAGCUUGAAUGCUGCAGGACUCAUCAUGCUCAACAAAGCUUCGUCAUUGAGUAUGAAGCUACAGCGAGUUUCUAUGGACCCAGUUCCUUAUUCCCUCCCGACUGCCUUUAUACCAGACUCCGAUGGUGCAUCCGAACUCCUGAACUUCUACAACACUAGAACGAAGCGAGAUUCCCAGGGAAACAUUGUUCGGUUUAAAGCCCGAGUGAAGAUGAAUGAUUCAAGACAAGCUUUGUUCAAGCUUGAAGCACCACGUGUUACUUCAUUUUCUUCGAGAGGACCUGUCUAUGCAAACACCAUCACAUCAGUUGUGGCAGACCUCCUGAAACCGGACUUGGUGGCACCUGGUAACGAAAUUUGGGGCGCGUGGGCUCAAAAUGGUAUAGAUGUCACGGGCUUUGUUGGGGAAAGCUUUGCGAUGAUAUCUGGGACGAGUAUGGCAACGCCACACAUAGCCGGUGUCGUCGCUCUCGUCAAACAGAAGCACCCGACAUGGAGCACAUCCGCUAUUCACUCUGCACUUCUAACGACUGCAAGCACCGUCGACAAAUGGAACAAAACAAUACUGGCGGAACAGCCAUCGGCAAGCCCAACGACCACAGCUCUGGGACCCGCUUCCCCAUUCGACGUAGGAAGCGGAGCUGUGAACGUCACCGCUUCCAUGGACCCCGGGCUCGUAUUCGAGACAGACUUCCAGGACUACGUAAAUUUUUUGUGCACGCUCCCCGGCGUGGAUGCCAACACCGUCCAAGACUCCACCGGCGCCACAUGCAACGUAGUGGCGGGAGCCCGCUCGUCCGACCUCAACGUUCCCUCCAUCACUAUCGCCAACCUCGUCGGCAAGAGAGAGGUGAAACGGACGGUGAAGAACGUCUUCGAUGGAGCCGAGAAAUACACCGUCGCCGUCACGGAGCCGACUGGGGUGGCUGUGAAUGUGCACCCCACAUCGUUCACUCUUCGCGCGUCUGAGUCCAUCGCGGUCUCCGUGAGCCUGCAAGCCACGGGGACGAACGGCGCCUUCACAUUUGGAUCGCUAGUGUGGACCGGGGACAGAGGUCAUUCCGUCAGAAUUCCUGUGUCUGUGCUGGUCGGCGAGGUAUUGUGAGUUAAUUGCUUUAGCACGGCCUGCGACUAUAGAAUUCGAGCUCGAUUUACCGAUGCACAAGCUUCACUAAUUCAUGUGCAUCCUCUCGGAGUCUCCGUGCCUCGACUUCUCGGUAUGUGCCCCUGUAUAAUACCGGGGGGGAGGUUUGCUUCAUCAUGUGCCACGAACGAUUUGACCGUGGUAUCGCAAGGAUUCUAUGACCAUGGUGUUGUUAGGACGAUAUGACCGUGAAGCGUAGCCUCACGUUUGAUUUUGCUAUUUUAAUUCUUGUUGCAAUUAUGUAAAUCCUCCGUUAAAGUGAUAAUUAUGAUAUUUUUUAAAUAAUAAAAAAAAUACUUGUACCCCUUGUAA